UGCCACCUGUCAGUGCUCAUCAGUGCCAGUGCCCAUCAGUGCCACGUUCCAGUGCCCAUCAGUGCCACCCAUCAGUGCCAGUCAGUGCCACCUAUCAAUGUCAAUCAGUGCCCCCUAUCAGUGCUGCCAAUCAGUGCCAUCUAUCAGUGCCAGUCAGUGCCGCAUAUCAGUGCCAGUCAGUGCCAGUCGGUGCUGCCUAACAGUGCCAGUCAGUGCCGCCUAUCAGUGCCAGUCAGUGCUACCUAUCAGUGCUGCCUAUCAGUGCCAUGUAUCAGUGACAUGUAUCAGUGUCAUGUAUCAGUG